UACAAACACCGACAUUAAAUUUGAAUACAGCUUUUAUAAAUUAAACAUACACUAACAUAAAUUAUAUUUUAUAUUAUUUCCAAAAUUUACACAAAUUAUUAAUCAACACAGUCGCACACCAAAAUAACAUAAAAUGACUUCUAACAAUAACACUAGCAAAAGAAAGACGUUGACGCCUCGGAAUGAUAAGAAACCGUUAAUAAAUCAAACUGAUCAAACUAAAUCUUAUACACUUAAAAUUCCUAAUAAACUCGAUGCUGUUGAAAUUAUUGAAAAAGCGUUCAAUCAUGUUUCGAAUAACGACUCAGAUAAUGAGGUAAAUCAAUGCUCAACAACAAAUAAUACAAAAAACAAUGAUAGACACAAUGAAUCUAACCAAAUUCCGGAAUUUAAAGAAGAACACCAAAACCCAGAACUGUCAAAAAUAAGUAGUAUCUACUCGAGAUACCAAUAUAAUUUUAAAAAUUAUUUACACGAACUUCAUAAAGCAUUGAUAAAAGAGUGCAACUAUAAUUUAAUAGAUUACACUUCGUUAAACGCACAAUUUAGCAUUGCACCCAUCUCAAAUAUCAUUGAACAAACAUUACAAGCUGUAAAGGAUAAAAAAAUAUUUUCAGUAUUAGGUUAUUUUCCAAAAAUAACUUUAGAGUUGAAGAAUCGCGGUUGGAUAGAAAAACGAGAUCCGUAUAGACCUCCAAUAAAUUAUUCAUAUUAUGUAAAAUCAGCACCAUACAUGAUUAAUUACAUUGAAUCUCCUCCUGUGAUACCACCAAUUGAUGAGAACGAAGCGAUUAUUGAACGUCUGAAAAACGUGCAAUCAUGGAGUAUUCUUAAAGAUAAAAGAUCGGAUUUAAUUUUCGUCACUAAGAAAAGGUUGAUUCAUUGGUCCAGUUUAAGUGAAUUCACUUCUGUUAGUCAGAUGACAAAACACGUGUUUUGUACCAAAAAUGGUUUGGCACAAUCAUUGCAAUGUUACAAAAAUGUUAAAUCAAAUUUGAUGUUUCCAAGAUGUCAUUACAUUCGAUCUGAAGAAGACAAGGAUGCAUUUGUGGAAGAUUACAUUAUAACAGCGUUAAUAAGCACACUAAAGAUUAUUGUAAAAGCAAUUGAGAAUAAUAUAAGAAUUUUCACUGAAAAUGGCAAUAUACCAUUCAAAAUGAUUGAAUUUGUAAAACGAUGUAUAUCAACAUUUUUGAAUACACAAAUAGCUGGUAAUACAAAUAUCGAUAUAUGGAAGUUUAAGGAUAAAAAGGAAGUAUGGGACGAAUUUAUGCUUCAUUAUACAAAACUGAUCGUAGAUAGCAAUUCCAAAUUUGAUCACGAGUAUACAUAUGAAUUCGAAGUAGAUGUUUAUGCAAAGUGUAAAUAUUUACUGGAAAAAAUAAAAACAUACUGUCCUCAACACUAUAUAGACGGUAUAACUAAUACAUGGAUUAUAAAACCUACGUCAAACUGUUCUGGUCACGGAAUUAUGUUAUCUAGGGACUUACAAACAAUUAAACAAAUAAUCACUGAAGCAGACGUUUUGAAAAAUAAUUAUAUUCUACAGAAAUAUAUAGAAAGACCCCUUCUGAUACAUACAUGUAAAAUUGAUUUGAGACAAUGGUUUUUAGUGACUAAUAUGAAUCCAGUAGUUGUGUGGAUGUACAAAGAAGGUUAUGUUCGUUUUUGUGCAAACAGCUUCUCAAUGAAAAACAUGCACGAAUCCAUUCAUCUCAGCAAUGUUAGACUGCAAAUGAAAUAUCGAAAAAGCAGGAGUCAGCGAGUACCUGAAGAAUGCAUGUGGGAUUACAGAGAAUUACAAAACCAUUUGAGAAAAAUUGGACAAGAAUACGUGUGGGAUGAAUUAAUAUUUCCUGGAAUGAGUGAGAGUGUUUACGCUGUGUUACAGGCCGCUAAAGACAAUUCGUUGUACCGUGAAAAAACUUUUCAAUUGUUUGGAGCAGAUUUCUUAAUCACAGAAAACUUUAUUCCAUAUUUAAUCGAAAUUAAUUCUAUUCCUGGACUGAACCCGUCAACGAGUAUUAUUGCCAAUUUGGCACCUACGCUCCUUGGAGAUAUUGUGAAAGUGACGGUGGACUAUGAGAAAAACUCGUUUGCCGAUACUGGACUGUUUGUAAAGGUUGUGCCGGAAGAGCAGAAACUAGCUCCCGUGAUUAGUCCAUUCAUAUCACCGAUGGCCGUGAUGGACAGUCUAUUCAAAUCGUCAACGGUCGAACUGGAUAGUCCACAUAAUUCGUCGGCGGUCGAGAUGAAUGGUCCGUGUAACUCUUCUUCGACCUUAGACCCAGCACCGUUCACAACUGGCUACCACCGUCAGUGGAUGGAAAAUAUCAAUAAAAAGUUGGCGGCACUACGGAUUCGCGUAAAUGCCCAGCAGACUCGCAGUUAUUCACGCAAUAAAAAUCACAAUACUUGAUUAUCUUAAACUAUCGUAUAAUGUAUAAAGUUUUUUGAUUCCAAAAUAAGUACAAAGUAAUCUUUUUAAAUGUUACAAACUUUGUUUUGUUUUUUUAUGAUCGGAUGGAAGAAAAUCAAUAAUAAAGGUAUGGGUACCUUCUAAUAUUAUUGGUACUAAUGUAUUAUUUACUAAAUAAUAAACAUUAAUUGAAUUUUAGAA